AUGGCAUCACAAAACGCUACACGAGUUUUGAUGCCAUUUCUACGGUUCAGUCGAGCAGCGCCUGCUGUGAAGAAUCCCUGUGAAGACCACGUAUGUGGAUGGGGAAAGGAAUGCGUCGUCGGAAAGAAAGGCGAACCGCACUGCGAAUGCAUUAGCAAAUGCCCCGAACUCGACGGUGAUCCGAUGGACAAGGUAUGCGCCAACAACAACGAGACAUUCACCUCGCUUUGCGAUCUCUACCGUGAACGUUGCUUUUGCAAGAAAGGCUCGAAGCUUUGCGAGAAGAAGUCCCACGCCAAGGUCCAUCUGGAGUACCUCGGUGAAUGCAAACAGCUUGAGGAAUGUACCGAUGAGCUCAUGGCUCAGUUCCCUGAACGCAUGGCUGACUGGCUCUUCCAGGUAAUGAAAGAGCUAAAGAAACGUCGUGAGCUGCACAAGCUCGAGUGGGAGGAACUGAUCCAGGAGGCUGAGACUGAUGACGAGAAGAGACACGUCUACCCAGUAAUCUGGAAGUUCUGCGACUUGGAUAUCAAGCCCCACGACAAGGUUGUCACCCAUCACGAGCUGAUCCCUAUCACUGCUCCAGUAAUCCCCAUGGAAUCGUGCAUCAAGCCUUUCCUAGAGGGUUGCGACACCGACAAAGACGGAACCAUCUCCAUCCAUGAAUGGGGAAAAUGCCUUGGAUUGAAGGACGGUGAAAUCCAGGAACGCUGCUAG